AUCAUUCCUGCUUCCUCUUUCAUCAAUGGAAUCUGCGCCGCCUGAUGAUUGUUCUGUUAAAGUUGCUGUCCACAUCAGACCGCUCAUCGGCGACGAACGGCUUCAAGGUUGUAAAGAUUGUGUCACUGUCGUUUCCGGUAAACCGCAGGUACAAAUUGGAUCACAUUCUUUUACUUUCGACCAUGUAUAUGGAAGCUCUGGUUCUCCUUCUACUGAAAUGUAUGAAGAAUGUGCUGCUCCGCUCGUCGACGGCUUAUUUCAAGGCUACAAUGCUACGGUUCUUGCUUAUGGACAGACGGGUUCGGGUAAAACAUACACAAUGGGAACUGGCUACGGAGACAGCAGCCAAACCGGAAUCGUCCCUCAAGUCAUGAACUCUCUUUUCAGCAAGAUUGAGACUCUCAAGGAGCAUAUCGAGUUUCAGAUCCACGUUUCUUUUAUCGAGAUCCGAGAAACAUCCAACGGUGUGAUCACAUUAGCAGGAUCAACGGAAGUCAGCGUCACCACUCUCAAAGAGAUGGCUGCUUGCCUCGACCAAGGUUCGAUCAGCAGAGCGACCGGUAGCACUAACAUGAACAAUCAGUCCAGUCGUUCACAUGCCAUUUUCACUAUCACCGUGGAGCAAAUGCGCAAGAUUAAUACGGACUCUCCUGAGAACGGUACUUACAAUGGGAGCUUGAAAGAAGAAUAUCUGUGUGCCAAGUUGCACCUUGUAGACCUUGCUGGUUCUGAACGAGCCAAAAGAACUGGCUCUGACGGUAUGAGAUUUAAAGAAGGAGUACACAUAAAUAAAGGCCUACUUGCGCUUGGAAAUGUCAUUAGUGCGCUCGGCGACGAGAAAAAGCGUAAAGACGGUGCCCAUGUUCCUUACAGAGACAGUAAACUUACACGGCUUUUGCAGGAUUCCCUUGGAGGCAACAGCAGAACUGUGAUGAUAGCUUGCAUCAGCCCUGCAGAUAUUAAUGCUGAGGAAACACUGAACACACUUAAAUAUGCAAACCGUGCAAGAAACAUCCGGAACAAACCUGUUGUUAAUAGAGAUCCUGUGUCCAGUGAGAUGCUAAAAAUGCGCCAACAGGUAGAAUACUUGCAGGCAGAGCUCUCCUUACGUAAUGGAGGAUCCUCAUGUGCAGAACUCCAGGUUCUUAAGGAAAGGAUUGCUUGCCUUGAAACUGCCAACGAAGACCUUUGCCGCGAACUUCAUGAGUACCGAAGCAGAUGUGGUGGUGUAGAGCAUUCUGAUAAAGACUUUAAAGACAUACAAGCUGAUGAAAUCGUCGGUUCUGUCAGAACAGAUGGUCUGAAAAGGAGCUUGCACAGUAUAGAAUCGUCAAAUUAUCCCAUGGUUGAAGCCACAAUAGGUGAUUCAAGAGAAGUAGACGAAGAGGCAAAGGAGUGGGAGCACAAGCUCUUGCAAAAUAGUAUGGACAAAGAGUUGCAUGAACUCAACCGCCGUCUAGAGGAAAAAGAGUCUGAAAUGAAGCUUUUUGACGGUUAUGAUCCGGCUGCGCUAAAGCAACAUUUUGGAAAGAAAAUUGCAGAGGUGGAAGAUGAAAAGAGAGCUGUUCAGGAAGAGAGAAACCGUUUGUUGGCUGAAAUUGAGAACCUUGCUUCUGAUGGUCAAGCCCAGAAGCUGCAAGACGUGCAUGCUCAGAAUUUAAAGGCGCUUGAAGCACAGAUUCAAGACCUUAAGAAAAAGCAAGAGAAUCAGGUUCAGCUACUGAAGCAGAAACAAAAGAGUGAUGACGCGGCUCGGAGGUUACAGGACGAAAUCCAAUCUAUCAAGGCACAAAAGGUUCAGCUGCAACACAGAAUGAAACAAGAAGCAGAACAGUUUCGACAGUGGAAAGCCUCCCGGGAGAAGGAACUUCUUCAGUUACGGAAAGAAGGGAGAAAGAGCGAGUAUGAAAGGCAUAAGCUGCAAGCUUUGAAUCAGCGCCAGAAAAUGGUUCUUCAGAGGAAGACAGAAGAGGCUGCAAUGGCUACCAAGAGGUUGAAAGAAUUGUUGGAAGCUCGGAAAUCUUCUCCUCGUGAACACUCAGGCAUGAAUAAUAUGUUUUGCGUUUUGAUAACCAAUGAGAAGUCAUUGCAGCGUUGGCUUGAUCAUGAGUUGGAAGUGAUGGUGAAUGUGCAUGAAGUGCGUCAUGAGUACGAGAAACAAAGCCACGUACGAGCUGCUUUGGCGGAAGAGUUGGCUGUGUUAAGACAAGUGGAUGAGUUUGCAGUGAAAGGCUUAAGCCCUCCAAGAGGAAAGAAUGGUUUUGCUAGGGCAUCAUCGUUGUCACCUACUGCAAGGAUGUCCCGAAUAUCUUCACUAGAGAACAUGCUCGGGAUAUCUUCUAACUCUCUAGUAGCGAUGGCAUCACAGCUCUCUGAGGCAGAAGAACGGGAACGUGCCUUUACAAGCCGUGGCCGCUGGAACCAGCUACGAUCAAUGGGAGAGGCCAAGAACUUGCUUCAAUAUAUGUUCAACUCUCUCGCAGAAACAAGAUGCCAAUUAUGGGAGAAAGAUGUAGAGAUUAAAGAAAUGAAAGAUCAGUUCAAAGAAAUUGUUGGCCUUUUGAGGCAGAGUGAGCUGAGAAGGAAAGAAGCAGAAAAGGAGCUUAAAUUAAGGGAGCAAGCAGUUGCAGCUUCUUUAGCUUCUUCUCCACUAGGAACACCACCGAGUUCGGUGAAACAUUUAGCUGAAGACAUGAACACACCUCCUCCAAUGACCGUGCCAGCACAGAAGCAGCUCAAGUUUACCCCAGGAAUCGCUAACGGAAAAGUGAGAGAUUCGGCUGCAUUUAUUAAUACAAACAAGAAGAUGGUACCGAUGGGGCAAGUAUCGAUGAGAAAGCUAUCAGCAGUAGGACAACAAGGUGGGAAACUUUGGAGGUGGAAGAGAAGCCAUCACCAGUGGAUCGUUCAGUUCAAAUGGAAGUGGCAAAAGCCAUGGAGACUCUCUGAGUGGAUUAGGCACAGUGACGAAACACUCCUCAAGGCGAAACCUCGACAUAAGGCUCUCCCUAACAAGAUCAUG